AUGCUUGUUCAGGACAUUUGGCGAACAAAAAUAACGUGGGACGAAGUUCUUUCGAUAGAACAUAGUAAAAAAUGGCAAGACUGGCUACAAGAAGUAAAAUGUCUGCAGAGCUUCACCAUACCUCGAUGCUAUUUUAACGUCAAAACAAUUGAAGAAGUUGAACUCCAUACGUUUGUUGAUGCUAGUGAAGAGGCCUAUGCAGCAGUUUCAUAUCUACGCCAUGGAUGUGCCAGAGGUACUUACAAGACCAUGCUUGUUAUGGCACGUGCCAAAGUAGCACCACUCAAACAAACAACCAUUCCCCGACUAGAACUCCAAGCACCUGUUCUUGGAUGCAGAAUAGCUUGUAGCAUCAUAAAAGACAUUGACUUAACUAUUUCUCGUCAGAUAUUUUGGUCAGAUUCUGUAACAGUUUUGCAUUGGCUGAAAUCCGACCCUAGACAAUUCAAACAGUAUGUUUCUAAUAGAAUUGGAGAAAUUCAAGAUUUGUCUAAACCUGAAGAAUGGAGAUGGGUUCCAUCAAAACAAAAUCCGGCAGAUGUUGCAACUAGAAGUAACAAAAAGUUUACAUCAGCCAUGCAUUCUGAAUGGAUUCACGGAUCCUCAUUUUUAAUGCGAGAAUCGAGUGACUGGCCAAUACAACCGUCCACACUACAAGUCAAGGAUAACGAAGAAACAAAGAAGAAAUUCGUCGGAGUUGUAAACAGUAAUGAAAACCCUCCUCUUUUGACAGUUGAAAACUUUUCUUCUUGGGAAAAAGUGACACGUGUAUUAGCAUGGGUACACAGAUUUAUUAGCAUGCUAAGGUCCCGCAUGUUUGUUUGGCUACCAACUACUACCGCCACUACCAAAAAGAAACUGAAAACGGUCAACGUAGAUUUUGGAAAUAUACCAGAACUUCAACCAGAGGAAAUUCAAAAAUCUGAACAGAACUUGAUAUCAAUGUCUCAAAAGGCAAGCUUCAAUGAAGAAAAGAAUUUACUGCUGAAGAACAAACCUCUACCAAAGUCCAGUAGAAUAUUCUCUUUACAUCCCUUCAUUGAUCAGUCUCUAAUAAGAAUGUCGAGUAGAAUAAAUAGUUCACCAGAAAUAAGCGAAGAACAAAAGCAUCCUAUCAUUUUAGAUGGCAAAAGUCAUACGGCUAAACUAAUCGUAAAAAUGUUUCACGAGAAAUGUUUCCAUCAGGGCAUCGAGACUGUUAUCAAUAUGACUAGACAACAGUUCUGGAUCUUAAACGUAUGA